UCGGCCAGUCAAAGCUUUCAGAUCACACGCGUGUUUUUGGCCCUGAUCAGAUUUGCGCCCAUCAGCAUGGAUGUGAAUUUCACCAUCUCUCUGAUGCGGGGCCAGAUGGGCGCUGUUAUUGAGAAAGCCGUGAACGUCGCGGUGGAGACCGUGCUAGGAGAGAUGAUCCGGGUGGUCGGGCUCAAAUUUGAGGAGAUCAAACGUGACAUGACAGCUAAAGAGAAGGAGAAUGAGAACACCAGGAGGAUGUUGGAGGCGUCUCGCUGUCAGAUGAAAACCAUGCGCAAGUACAUCAGCGUCCUGUCUGCUAAAGACCCCAACCAUAGACUGUGUCAGGGAGAGGGAGAUAUGGCAACAACAUCCACAGGGAUGCACUGCAGAAGAGGGCCGACGAGCACUGUGUCAGUGUGUGCCAAAACCCCAGACACCUGUCCCAGACCCAGAGUCUCUGAACCAGCCCCUGUAGCUGGACCCUCAUGGGUGAGACUGAGACAGCAGAUGCACAUGUCCAAAGAAACAUCAAGAAGUGAGAAUCACAUUGCGGAUGUCCAUAUUGAAGAGAUGCAUGGAUCAUCAGUUCAUAAAGUUGAGAUCUCAAGCCCUCAUCUGGUGGACAGCCAGGUGCUUCUGUCUGAGACCAGUGAUCCAGUAUGGGGGCAGAACCCUCUCGUCUCUGCAGAGACUGGGCACACAGACAUGCCGGACAGCAGCGUCCUCUCUGCACCCAUGAUGGCAGAUGAAAGUGUGUCAUCCCAAACUACAAGCACAGUGGCAUUUGGAGCACCUUCACAUAAAAUCAAACAGGAGGAAGCGGAGGUUGAAAUAGUCUGUGUGAAGGAUGAACACGCAGAAGCUGGCAACAUCCCUAGAUUUGAAUAUUCCGACCCUGAACUUCACCAGCAAGUAGGAGAACCAGAGCUCGGGGUCUCACUAGAUCUACCCGCAUCAUUUCAAGCUCUUCAGAGUCCAGGCACUUCAGCAGACCUCGUAAUCCCAGCAUUCAUGAGUGUGGACCCAACUACCUCUAUGUCAGAUGUGAGUCCAGGGAGUUUUGAAAAUAAUCAAUGUACAGUUGCAGAGAGGGCUAUUCUUGAGUCACAGGGAGAAAUGGACUGGAAAAUCAAUCAUCUGACUGCACUGGUUCAGUGUCUUGUGGGGAACAGGUGCUUUGUGCCUCCACUGCAAAUAGAGGAUGAGGAAGAGGAUUGUGUCUUGCCUUUGAUGACAAUGGGGGAUCUUGACCGAUUGGAGCAAAGACUUAUGGAUAGAGGGACGAUGCAAAAAUUGGUGAACAUAUUGUCUGUUAGUGGAGGUCAAACUAUGAAAAAGACCAUAUGGAGAAUUUGCACCAAAGUUUUUGCUUCCAAUGUGGCCAAACAGCUCAACUGGUGCGGACGGGGAGACAAGCGAGGCUUAAGAAAGACAAAUAUCGGAGCACUAAUAAUAGCUGCAGCUAUGAGGAACAGUGUCCUCUUGGCUCCCACAGAAGCGGAGGCAGAGAAAUGUAUCAAAGAUUACCUGCGUUUGGCUCCAGGGAGGACAUCCUCCUAAUCUGUUGUAAAAAUAUGACGAUUCUCAGCUGUCUGUGGCAGGGGUCCAAAAGCAG